AUGCCACGGAGUGAUCAAGUCCUAUAUAAGCUUCCCCGAUCAUCUCGGAAACUCUCGUCAACAGCCCACUCUAUUAGCUUUAGGAUAUAUCUCACCUUGAACACCAGCCUUGAACAGCCGAGGUAUCCUCUUUUCGAAAUGAAGACCAUCCUCCUAAGCGUUCUCCUGCCGGCAUUAGCCAGCGCAGCGGUAACAAGCGGUAAAUUCACUGCGCUGAGCUUCAAUGUCGCAGGCCUGCCAUCACUCUUCCAAUCAAACGAUGUCAAUGGCACAAAAAGCGAAAAUGCCAAGCAGCUCGGUACCUACUUCUCGAAGUACGGUUACGAUAUCAUCAAUAUGCAAGAGGACUUCAACUACCAUGCCUACAUCUAUGAAACAGAUAACCACGCCUACCGGACCGCUACAUCCGGCGGCGCAGCCAUUGGAAGUGGUCUGAACACCAUCUCCACCCACGACUGGGUAGAUUUCACACGCGUGAAAUGGAGCAGAUGCUCCGAUGCAUCCGGCUCAGACUGUUUGACCCCGAAGGGCUUUACAUUCAUGCGCUGGAACCCGGCCGACGGAGUCUAUGUCGACUUCUACAACCUCCAUGCCGACGCCGGCACCGAGGAUGAAGACGAAACUGCCCGGAACUCCAACUUGCAGCAAGUCGCAGAUUACAUCGACACCUGGUCGACUGGUAACGCCGUCGUAGUCAUGGGCGAUACGAACAGUCGAUACACGCGCGCCAAAGACACGGCCAUUCGCGUCUUCAAGUCUCAGAAUAGCCUCGCAGACCCCUGGGUCGAGCUUGAGAAAGAUGGUGUCUACCCCACUACUGGGGCAGAUGCCUUGCUAUGCGACAACCCGUCUUCCGUUCAGACCUGCGAGACGGUUGAUAAAGUGCUGUACCGGGGGUCCAACGUCGCGACGCUCAAGGCAGAGAGCUUUGUCUAUGAUGGUGGGAAGUUCACGAACACUGACCCCAAGUAUUUAGGCGAUAUACUCUCGGACCACAACCCGAUUCUCGUGAACUUCACCUGGUCGCUUUCGGCGUCGCUUCGACAAAGUCAGUUCUCCGGUGGUCCGCAUGGGACCUGGUUUAAUGAUCUGCCGAGUAUUCCUUCGUCCCUUGCCGCUUCUGUGAUUACUUUCUCUGGUGCGGAGAGGCUGGAUGCUGUUGCUUUGGAGUUGAAGGAUGGCACAUCGUUUAGCCAUGGAGGAACUGGUGGUACUAAGGUCUCUCUUACCCUGGACUCUGGGGAGUAUUGGACGGAGACCAAGCUCUGUACUGGGCAGUAUAAUAGCCACACUCGCAACUUUUACAUCAAGGCUACUACCAGUACUGGUAAGACGUUGGAGGCGGGCACCUCAACUGAUAGUUGCCAGACGUUUACUGCCCCCGAUGGCUUUGCGGUUGUGGGUUUCAUGGGACAAGCGGAGGACGAGAUCGACCAAUUGGCUCUGGUAUAUGCGGCCUAUUAA